CGAUACAUACAUACGAGUAUAUACAAGUUGAAAGGAUUUUAUUGGAAUAAAUUAUCUUAGGAUCACUGUGUUUCGUUUAACCACGUGCCAUGUACUCCGCUGUGGGCAAUCAUACCACCAACAACACGAGCAUCGAUUGCCUGGAUCAUGCCGAACUCAAUAGCUCUUUCUCAUCGGAUAUUAUGACACAAUCCUGUGAGUCCGAUGCCUCCUAUCAUAUUUACAACGAAUUACAAUAUGCCACACAGCAACAACCACAAAAACAACAUCUACGGGUACCAGCUCAACAACAACACAAUUAUCAACAAUUGAUUUAUCAACAAAAUCCACCAGCAACUGCGCCGACAACACCCACAAAUGCCAUACCCAUACAAACUGGCAUCAUCUAUGGAUUUCGCACGCGACAUCUGUCCUGCAUUGAAGAGAACGACUCGGAUUCCUUGCACUCCACAUCAGUGCCCCAAACUUUGGAAAUGUUGAAAGACGUCGAUGAAUGUUUCAAAAAAAUGGUGGAGGGCGGCGAGGAGCCCACCACAAAUACAGCCAUGAGUACGUUGCUCAUGCAAGCCGCCGAUGAUGAUGGCAUAGCAAUGAUCGAUGAGACGCGUCUCUACGAUUUGGAAUAUUUUGAUGAGUUGAGCGUUAGCAAGACGGAAGCUGCUGAAGCCACGCUCGAUAUGAGUUACACGAGUCAGAAUAGUGAGGAGUAUUGGCAAAGCACCACCUCGGAACCGGUGCAUUUGGUGCAACGAUCGCAUAUCUAUCAACAACCCGACAUAAUGACCACUUCGUGUUAUGGCACAUUGAAUACAUCUUUCGAUAGUGAAAGCUCUGGUCCACCGGUGCAUAUGAGCACAUCAACGCCAACAAAGCACAAUUUAACGAAAAUGUCAGCGGAGAAAGUGGAAGCGCUCUAUGCCACGCCAGAGAAGAGACGUGAGCACAAUCGUAGUUUCGAUUCGCAAAACAGUUCGAUUUAUGGCGGUGUUGUUGGUGUGGGUGGUAGUGCUGGUGCUUGUGGUGGUGGCGGCGGUGUGCUGAAUAGCUUAGAUCAAAGUAUUUGUAGCGUUGGCGGUUUACCCAACGAAAGUGUAUAUUCUUUUUCAAUGACCUCAGGUGUGAGCGUCAAUGAGAUGCUACAGCAAAUGUCGCUACCCAUGGAGUUGGCCGUGAUGAACUUGAGUGGUGGUGUUGGCGUAGGUGUUGGAAACGGUGAUGAUAAGGACAAUCCGGCGGAAGAGUUGAGUGAGGAGAUGGCGGCGAAGUGUUUGAAUGCAGCGCAAAAUGAUCUCCAAUCGAUUCGUCGCUUAUUGGAGCACGACAGCAGCGGUACGGUAUGCCCGAGUUGUCGCAUCUCCUUCGACAAGGGCAAACGACGGAAAUUGAUCGAUACCUGUGGUCAUGAGCGUUGCUAUUCCUGUAUGUUUCGUAACGAUCAAUGUCCGAUGUGUAUGAAUAGUAAUAGUUCAUUGAAAGAUGUUGACUGCAAUAGCAAUGCUCAAGGCUAUGACACGGGCAUCGGCGGCUCGACAUCGACAAUUGUUAGUCCACUGGGUUCGCCACAGCCGCAACUGAGAUCACAAGUGCAACAGCAACAUCAUCAACAACAACAACAAUUGUUACAUUUACAACAACAGCAACAUCAACGUACAAAUGCCGCAGCGUUGGCGCGUUACAUGCAGCAUAACCGGCAGGAGUCCAUCUCACCGGAAUAUCAUCGCUAUGCGAGCAUUGGUAAAUUGCCAAAAGCGGUGGCAGCAUCACAAACAACAUAUACCGUUACAGCGGAUAUACACCACAGCGGCAACAGCAACAGCAAUAGCAAUAACAACAACCAUAAUACAAAUGCGAAUACUAUAAGCAGCAUUAGCAGCGGCGGCAGCGGCAGUAACAGUAAUUGUAAUACGGUCAGCAGUACGGCUAGCAGCACUAAUAACAAUGGUCACAACAAUAGCCACAGCAACAGCAACAACAACAAUAUACACAAUAACCAUUACAACAGCCACAAUAACAACAACAACAGCAAUAUACAACAGUCUCAACAACAUCAGCAGCAGCAACAACAACCGCACUAUAGCAGCACCGCCAAUACCGGAGCGGGCGAUGCAAUCAAUGCAUCUUCAUUCGCCACACCACCGACACGGCGACGUUUCUUUAAUCAUAAGAAUUUGCGCAGCGCUCUAACCGGCCACCGUCGCACCGCAUCGAGUGGUGGCGGUCCAACAGAUGCCGCCGCUGCAACGUUACUCGCCGAUGGCAACGAAGAUCAUCCACUCACCGCCACCGAGAAGCAAAAAGAUCAGCUGCGCGCCCGUCUUGGUCUGCUGCUGGACAGCGAUCAGAAUGGCAAUACAAAUACGACCACAAGCAGCAGCUCUUCGCAAAAUGUCAGUCCCGAGCAGACGCUAUCCGCCGGUUGUGCCAACGCUUUCGGCUCUCAACUCUCCGUCAUCACCAAGGAUGAUACGCUCAGUUUGGCCGGCAAGUUGAAUGCGCUCUCCGUGUCCACAGAUAACAGCGAAGUGUUUCCAGUGAAGGCGCGCAAAACGGGUGUCCGUCGUUCAGCGCGCGCUGGCCAAAUGGCGAAUGCAGCGGGCAAACGUAAUGCUAUCUAUAAACCAGCUACACUGCAGCCCGUGCAAUUGGCAUUGAAACCGCUCUUCUUCGAAGUGCCGCUACCCGAACCGGAUCCACCAUUUAUUGGCCGUCAGUGGCUAUUGCGUGAGCUCUCCAACAUUUUAACCGGCACUGAGACGCCGGGUGUUUUGAUUAAUGGCAAUCCGGGCACGGGUAAGACUGCGCUCAUUCUGCAGUUGGUUGAGUACUCGUGUUUUGGACGUCGCAAGAACAGCAACAGCACCAGUGAUCCCGAUGGCAUUUAUUGUCCCAUUAAUCUUGGAAACGAUCGCAUACGCGCCUUGGCCGCACACAUUGUCGGCUAUCACUUCUGCCAGGCCGACUCGAAUCUUACUUGCCUUGUGCCGGAUUUCGUGCACUCAUUGGCAGCACAACUUUGUCAAGCGCCACAGCUGGAAGCGUAUCGUGAGUAUUUGCUUAGCGAGCCACACCUACAGGACAUACUGAGCGUGAAGGAGUGUAUUGCGGAUGCUGAGCGCGUUAUGCGCAUGGCUAUUUUGGAGCCGCUGAUUGUGCUAAAGCGCGCUGGCAAGAUACCGACAAAAACUUGCGUCAUACUCGUCGAUGCUUUGUGCGAGGCGGAGUACCAUCGUCCCGAUCACGGCCACACAAUCGCCACAUUUCUUGCCAAAAUGACGCAACACUUUCCGUCGUGGUUGAAGGUAGUCGCUACGGUGCGCACACAAAUGCUGGAGUUCGUCAAGGGUUUGUCGUAUACGAAGAUGACGCUCGACAGCUGGGCCUCAAACGAUUUGCUGCAGAAAGAUAUGCUCGACUAUAUCACAUUCCGUGUGAAUCAUAGCGUGGAAAUACAAAAUAAUAUUGCGGCUGUGAAGGAUCACAGCAGUGGGCAGCUGAAAUUCGUUGGCCACUUGCAGGCACUGACGAAGGGUUCGAUGUUGUAUGCCAAGUUGAUACUCGAUCUCAUUGAACGCGGCCAGUUGGUGAUCAAGUCGACGAGCUACAAAGUGCUGCCCGUGAGUUUGGCGCAAAUCUUCUUGCUGCACUUCAAUCUGCGUUUUCCAACCAACAGCAGCUUCGAGAAGGCCGCGCCCAUACUCAAUGUCUGUUUAGCGGCGCUGUAUCCGCUCACUCUGAAUGAGAUCUACUACACCAUUUGCGCCAUGAAGACCGACGAGGUGCUGACGUGGGAUGAGUUUCUACAACGCUUCAAGCUGCUCGAUGGCUUUCUUAUACGUCGCAUUGAUAACACCUACAUGUUCUUUCACUCCUACUUCCGCGAGUGGUUGAUACGACGUGACGAGGGGGAGUCGUUGAAAUUCCUAUGUGAUUUUCGUCUCGGACACGCCGCUAUUGCCUUUCGUCUUUCUCGCAUGCAAGCGCCGCUGGAUCCGGAGCAAACUAUGGAGCUGGGGCAUCACAUGUUGAAGGCGCACAUUUAUCGCAACUGUCAGGGUCCUCAACUACCGCGAGAUAUGCAAUCGUUUUGGAUCGCCACAGUCACCGAUAAUAUAUCCGCAGCGCUGGGCUCUUUACGCAAUGUCUACAGCCCGAACUUGAAGGUCUCGCGCUUGAUUUUGCUUGCCGGCGCUUCGCCACACUACCGCACCGAGUUUAUGGGUGAUGCCACAAUACUUUGCAUAGCCGCACACGAAGGUAUUGUGCCUAUGGUCAGUUUACUGCUCGAAUUUGGCGCUGAUGUGAGCCUCACUAAUAGCCAAGGCUGCACACCCCUUAUACUCGCCGCCAUACGUGGCCAUGCUGACGUGGUGCGCUUGCUCGUCGCGGCCGGCAGCAGUUUGGGUCAAACCGAUACUACGCAACGUUGCGCGCUUGUGCAUGCUGCGCGCACAGGUCGCUUGAAUGUUGUGAAAUAUUUAUUAGCCUGCGAUUGGACGCCACGACCCAACUCGCAUGAUGUCAGUCUGACGGUGGCUUUGCAGCAAUCACUUAUCGCGGCCGCGGCACAAGAUCAUGUCACAAUCGUUGAAGAUUUACUAGAGAUGGAUGGCAUUGAUGUGAAUCUCAUGGACGAGGCGUGUGGCGAUCUGCCAUUAACGGCGGCAGCGUGUAAUGGCUGUAGCGACGCGGUCGCUAUACUACUCUCGAAAGGCGCACGCAUCGACGCGCGUAACAAGCAAGAUUUCACAGCGCUCUGGUUGGCAGUGAAGGAGGGCCAUUGGGCGGUCGUGGAGAAACUAAUACAAAAUGGCGCUGAUAUCGACGAACCAGUGACGGCAGCGCGCAAAACGCCACUUAUGAUUGCCGCCGAGGAGGGUCAUAUUGAGCUGCUUGAUUUGCUAAUUGAACGCGGCGCCUCGCUGGAGGCACAAGAUGAGGAGGGUUUCACCGCACUCUCGUGGGCUUGUUUGCGCGGUCGUCAACCAGCUGCCAAAUGUCUCAUGGAGCGCGGUUGUAAUCGCAAUCAUGCUGAUAACAACGGACGCACGCCGCUCGACUUGGCAGCCUAUCAAGGCUCAGCCGCUUUGGUACUCUAUCUGCUAGAGCAGGGCGCUAACAUUGAACAUAUCGAUGUGAAUGGCAUGCGACCGUUGGACCGCGCGAUUGCCUGUCGCAAUAUACAAGUAGUGCAAGUAUUCCUUAGACGCGGCGCUAAACUCGGUCCGACCACAUGGAGCAUGGCGAUGGGCAAGCCGGAAAUAUUGGUGGUGCUGUUGAACAAACUGCUCGAGGAUGGCAAUGUGUUGUAUCGAAAGAAUCGCUUUCACGACGCCGCACAUCGCUAUCAAUAUGCGCUGCGUAAAAUCUCAUGCCUGGAGAAUUUGCUGGAGCGUAGCGCGAUCUUUGCGCAAUUGCGCACCAACUUGUUGCUGAAUCUGUCGCGUUGCAAGCGAAAGUUAAAUGAACUUGACGAAUCUAUCGAUUUAGCCACGCAAGCCAUCGCACAGAAACCGGCCAGCUAUGAGGGUUACUACGCACGCUCCAAAUCGCGCAUGGAGAGUGGUGAUUAUCACGAGGCGCUCGUCGACUCCAACGAAGCUAUGCAAAAGGCACUACAAAGUGGUGUCUCAGCUGAUGUUGUCGAGGUGCUCAAACGUAUACAGUCGGAAAUAUUGACGCACACGAGUGGGGAGGCAGCCGGUGCUGGCGUUGGUAUGACGACGCGCUCCAAUGCGAAUGCGUACGAAGAGUACGCGCUCAGUUGUGCUGAUUUAGGCGCUGUGGGCUUGCCGACAACGCAGAACGAGAGUUCGGAUCUGUAGUGUGGUGACGAAGUGUGAUGCCACGUUUAAACACUUCAGUUAAUUUUUUUUUAAUUUUUUAUUUUUUUUUAUUAUUAUUUUUUUUUUUUAAUAUUGUUUUUUUAACUCCUUUGUUUAACAUCUAAGUUUACUUGGUGCACUGCAUUUCUUUAAAAUGGAGCUAAAGAUUUGGCGCAGCCAGAAUUAUUUUUUUAAAUGAUUAUAAUUAUUAUUAAAAUAAAAUUGUUUAAUAUAUUUUUUAGUUU